CACUUCUUCGAGCUAUAGGCUGACAGAAACUCUUUUUCUUCUUUAAAAAGGGCCAUGUGCCACAACAAAUUGGGCCACUACCCUUCAGGAUUCAGCCCACUAACCCAAUUUCCUCACCCAACGACAAUCGAAAAAAUCCCCAUUAAUUUAUCCAAAAACACAGCGUCAGCCUUCAGUCACUCACCCGGCGUGAAAUGGCGGUGUUGCUGCAAUUCCCAGUCUUAUCUUCAACAAAAGCAGCUGCUCCUUCUCCAACCUCCGCACAAUCGAAACCGGCACGUGUCACUCUCCGCCAGUUCUUAUUCCCUUCCAAAACCAGACCUUUUCUCAAAAUCAGCGGCGACCAAAACAAAAACCGAUUCCUUCCCGUCAAAGCCGUCGAAGAAAGCAAUGAGAGCGUGGAAGAGCCAGAGAUCACCGCAAAGGAAGCGGAAGCAGCAACUUCGGCGAAUGAAGACGCCGAGUUGAGCGAGAUAGGAGCGGAGAUAAAGAAGGCGAUGAAGGAGAGAGAGGGGAACACUAAUCUUGCAGGCGGAGUGGCGGAGGAGAUAAAGGAAAUCGAGUGGCCCGCGUUUGCGAAAGUCUUGGGGACCACCGGCGUUGUGCUAGGGGUUAUCGCUGGGUCUAGUGUCGUUUUGCUUACUGUUAAUGCCGUUUUAGCUGAGCUUUCUGAUCGGGUUUUCGCCGGUAAAGGUGUCCAAGAUUUCUUCAGCUGAUGAUAGUAAUUGGAAUGGAAACUAUUUUUAUUUAAUUAUUCCUUGCAGUUUCUUAUUUCUGCUAGUUUACGCCAAAAAAAUGAACGAAAUGGGGUGAACAAGAACUCGAAUAAACUUGCUGAA